AUGAAAACAAAGCAGAUGAAUGCACUUAUACCUAGUGACAAGCCACAGACGAUGGAGGGUCUAGAUCUUAGAAAAACUGAACAUGCCGUCAUGGAAACAGAGGUUGAUACAUUUAUAGCAGCAUUUAAAAGUGAGGCUGAGCAGCUCGUGAGGGAGACAUUUCCAAAGAAAAUGUUAGAAAUUGAUGAACUUUUCAAGCAACUGAAAAUGUGGAAACCAUCUGAUGUGGACCAGACAAUGGAGAUUCCAUACCCUGAGCCAGUAGAUAAUGUGGGCACGGACACCCAGCAUAAUCCAUCGGAGCCACACAGCAGUGGAAAAGGGAGGAUCAAGGGACAUUUAACAGGUACCCGUGUGUUGGUGUUCCCAGGAGGCAAAGUGUCCUGCAACAAGUGUGUGCACAUGUACUGUGAAAAAGUGAAGCCUUUGAUAUGUGGUCUCAUGGAACAUGCAAAUAUGGUAAAGAUGUGGAUAAAUUUCUUGAUACCCAAAAUUGAAGAUGGAAACAAUUUUGGAGUGUCUAUCCAGGAAGAUGUGGUGAGUGAGGUGAGAUGUGUGGAGCAUGAGGUGAGCACCUACCUGGAUCAGAUCUCUGUUUACUAUCAGAAGAGAGGCAACAUCAUCUCUAAAAUCUCAAAGUAUCCCCACAUUGAUGACUACCGACAGCUGAUCAAAGAGAUGGAUGAACACGCAAUGGUGAAGCUGCAAAAUGCUGUAUUAGAAAUGCGUAACCAUUAUGCUUCCUUGUUUGACAUCAUCAUGAAAAAUAUAGACAAGAUCAAAAUGCCACGGUCACUAAGCAGCCAGAAUAUGUACUGA